AUGUUCGGACAACCACAAGGUGGAUUUGGUGGCUUUGGGGCCAACACGGGCGGCGGCCUCUUUGGCGCGAACACUGGCGGUGGCAUGUUCGGCCAAAACACUGGCGGCGGCCUCUUCGGGCAGAACACCGGAGCAGCUGGAGGAGGGAUGUUUGGCCAGAACACCGGAGCAGCUGGCGGUGGAUUGUUCGGUGGUGGUGCCGCCCCUGGAGGAAGCCCCUUCGGCCAGAACUCUGGUGGAGGACUUUUUGGUCAGCAGCCAAACUCCGGCGGCCUUUUCGGCAACACUGGCGGUGGCUUUGGCUUUGGCCAGUCGCAGGGAGGUGGCCUCUUUGGUCAGCAAAGCAGCGGAGGUGGUCUCUUUGGCCAGCCCUCUUCAGGAGGGGGACUCUUCGGAGGUGGCUUUGGGCAAUCUUCAGGUGGGGGCAUGUUUGGUCAGCCGCAGGCUGGAGGCAUGUUCGGACAGAGCUCCGGUGGUGGCAUGUUUGGCCAGAACACCGGCGGCGGAGGCUUGUUUGGACAGCCUGCCCAGCCUCAAGGUGGCCUCUUCGGUGGAGGUGGUGGAUUUGGAGGUGCAGUAUCUGGCACUACGACGAAGAUGCAGGAGAUAAUCGACCAGGAAACGAAGCUCAAGUAUGCACAUAUCGGUGUCAUGGACUGCUACAAAAACAAAUCGUUUGAGGAGCUGCGCAUGGAAGACUACCAGGCUAAUCGCCUUCAAGCUGGCCAAGGUGCUCCGGCUGCCGGUGGCCUCGGUGGUGGGACGACAAGCCCCUUCGGUGCUUCUUCUGGCGGUGGUUUGUUUGGGCAGCCGAACACCGGAGGUGGCUUGUUCGGACAGAACACCGGUGGUGGACUCUUCGGCCAAAAUACAGGUGGUGGCUUAUUUGGCCAGAACACUGGCGGCGGCAUGUUUGGUGCCAAUACUGGAGGCGGCAUGUUCGGAGGAGGCAACACGGGAGGAAUGUUCGGACAAAACACCGGUGGAGGAUUGUUCGGCCAGAACACGGGAGGAGGUAUGUUCGGGCAGUCAAGUGGCGGAGGGUUGUUUGGCGCCAAUACAGGGGGUGGCCUUUUCGGUCAAAACACCGGUGGUGGCUUGUUCGGCCAGAACACAGGUGGAGGAGGCUUGUUUGGACAGAACACGGGUGGUGGCAUGUUUGGUCAAAACACCGGUGGAGGUCUCUUCGGGCAGAACACGGGUGGUGGGAUGUUUGGGCAGAGCGCGGGAGGAGGUCUAUUUGGUGGCGCGAACACCGGUGGCGGCCUGUUCGGUGCAAAUUCUGGCGGCGGCUUGUUCGGCAAACCCAACAGCGGUGGCGGACUCUUCGGGGCGAACACCGGUGGAGGCCUCUUCGGAGCUAACAGCGGUGGAGGCCUCUUCGGUGCCAAUACUGGCGGAGGCUUAUUUGGGAACCCGGCGCCAGGUGGAGGAGGACUCUUUGGAGGCAACACUGGCGGGGGCUUGUUUGGCCAAAAUACCGGCGGAGGUUUGUUCGGUCAAAGCUCCGGUGGAGGCUUGUUUGGUCAGAACUCUGGAGGCGGCCUGUUCGGCAACACAGGUGGAGGCCUCUUUGGUCAGAACACGGGUGGUGGCAUGUUUGGUGGCAACACAGGAGGUGGCCUCUUUGGCAACACCGGUGGCGGCAUGUUUGGAAACACAGGUGGCGGCCUUUUUGGAAACAGUGGUGGAGGCUUGUUUGGCGGCAGUGGAGGUGGCGGACUCUUCGGUGCAAAAAGCAGCGGUGGGGGCCUCUUCGGUGCAGGCACAGGUGGUGGCCUGUUUGGUGCCAACACAGGUGGUGGCCUGUUUGGAAACACGGGUGGUGGAUUGUUUGGGGCCUCCGGCGGGGGAAUGUUUGGAGCCAACUCAGGCGGUGGACUCUUCGGCGCAAAUUCCGGAGGUGGAUUGUUCGGAGCAAACAGCGGUGGCGGUCUCUUCGGGGCAUCGCCAGGCGGCAGCCUUUUCGGCACCCCGGGGGCCCAGAUGGGCAUGGGCGCCAUGGGCGCCAUGGGUGCCAUGGGCGCCAUGAGUCCGAUGGACCCUUAUGGACUGAACGGCUUGGUGACCAACCAAGCUCCACCGCGGCCUUUGGGCUUGACAAUGCCCAAGACUCCCUCCAAGGCCACUUCAGCCUACCUGUGGAAGUCUCAGCCGGAAUCCUCAGCCCGGGUUAAGCCAUCCGCGCCUUCUCGUUCAGCUUCAGAGGGAUCUUUUGCAGAGCGGUCGCCGAGAAGCGGUGCUUUCAGCUUGCCACCCUCGGCAGUGACGGAGCAGUUCCGCUCGUAUGGCUCAACACCACGCAGCCGACCGCAGACACCGACCAGCGGUCCCGAGGUGUCUCCCUCCGCAUUCCUGCGCGUUUCGAUGAAGUCCCCUCGCUCGCCUGCUCCACCUUCCCCGCGCCGGACUCCGGAUGAAAUGCUGCCGCCGUUAAGGAAGCCGCAUGAGACACCUUCAUCUGCUCAAAUGGAUGGCACGACUGGCGGUACCGGAACACCGACUGCACCCGCCGAGAUGAGUACGCCUACGCUGAAACCGAUCAAGCCCAACAUCAUUCGACAUGGUCCAGAGAGGCUGGAGCAGGAGACGCCGAAGAAUGCGACGCCUGCCGCUGCUUCGCUUGUGCCACGCUUGACGCGCCCGGACUACUACAGCAGCCCCUCCGUGGAAGCGAUGUCUCGAAUGACAGAGGCUCAGCUGAGCAAGAUCGACAACUUAGAGAUUGGCCGCUACGGGUACGGUGCCGUCAAAUGGCCAGGCUUGACAGACGUUCGGUGUCACAACUUUGACCGAGACCUCCAGAUCGAGCGUGGCAGCCUGACUCUGUAUCCCGACAGGGAGAAGCCCGAUGUGGGCCAUGGCCUGAACAAGGAGGCUGUGGUGACGCUCCAUGUGAAGCCCACAAGGAGCGACGUGAAGCCAAAGCACUUGGAGCUGCUUCAGUCGCGACUGUCAAAGCUAUCCGAGGAGUUCGGCGGCAAGUUCAUUUCCUACGACAUGGAGAAAUGGAUUUUCCGAGUUCCGCACUUCAAUCGUUGA